AGAGCUGCGCGACGUUCUCAUCGCAACGUAACGAAAACGCAGCGUUCAAGCGAGACGCUGUGCACGUUUCCGUUUCCGAGGCGUUAACAAAAAAAAAAAACAAAAAAAAAAUAAAGAAACAAAGUGCUAAGUCAGGCGCGUGCCAUAUAAUGUGGCGUGGAUUUAUUAAUUAGCGAGUGGAAAAUAAUAAAAUGCUUGCGCGUGCCAAGCGAUCUGCAUGUCCUUGAGUCUGCAGCCGCCUCAGAGUCGUGUGCGCUUCAGUCAAUUUGAAGCGAGCUAUGCCAAGGCAACGAACGCAACGCGAAAAAAUGUGAAAAUUAUGAAAAUUGUGAAAGUGCAAAUUGUGAAGAAUUGCGAAGUGUGAAUGAAGAGUAUCUGUGAGUACAUAUCUGUGAGAUGACACACAAUCUACAAGUGAGUUAUACAGCAUUGGGCAUGUCGGACGAUAAUCAAACGAACACGAAUAGCUAUUCGAUGCCAUCGAUAGCAUCGCCCACACGUGGCGCCAACGCACGCAAUGUCAACUUCCACGAGGAGCUCAACGAUUUGGCCGGCUAUCCGCCGCAGCAAAUGCCCGCGGUGCGACGCUUUUCCAAAUCAUUUUUCCAGCGGCCACGCUCCAUGUCCGUCUGGAGUGACAUAAGUCGCAGUAGCAUGCGUCUGGAUGAAAGAGUGCGUGUGGAGUACUAUGUGAAUGAAAACACAUUCAAAGAAAGACUGCAACUCUAUUUCAUUAAGAAUCAGCGUUCAAGCUUACGCAUACGAAUUGCCGAUUUAUUCCUUAAGUUACUGUCGUGUGUUCUCUACAUAAUACGUGUGAUAUUGGAUAAAAAUCCAACAUUUAUAACAUGCUAUGGCUGCGAAGUGGCCAAUAAGACAGAGUUUAUCAUCUCUGCCAAGCUGACGGAGGAGGAGUUCCAGGAGAAUCCAAUCAUUAACUGGGAUGCAAUACUCUGGGUGAAUCGUCCUACGGUCCUCUGGGUGCUACAAUUACUUCUAGCCAUGGUGUCGUUAACUCAAUCUUUGGUUCUAACAUAUCUAGGCUAUAAGGGCAACAUAUGGCAGCAAAUACUCUCAUUUCACUUUAUACUAGAAUUAGUAACGACAAUACCCUUUGCACUAACGAUUGUGCAUCCGCCGCUGCGCAAUCUCUUCAUACCAAUAUUUUUAAACUGUUGGCUGGCCAAACGUUCGCUGGAGAACAUGUUUAACGAUUUGCAUCGCGCCAUGCAAAAAUCGCAAUCGGCUUUGUCACAGCAGUUGACCAUUUUGUCGGCCACAUUGUUGUGUCUGGUGUUCACCAGUGUUUGUGGCAUACAGCACUUUCAGCGCGCUGGGCAUCGCCAUUUGAAUCUAUUCCAGAGCACCUACUAUGUGGUUGUGACCUUUUCCACAGUGGGCUACGGCGAUUUUGUGCCGGACAUUUGGCCAUCUCAGCUGUAUAUGGUCAUCAUGAUUUGUGUGGCACUGAUUGUGCUGCCCACGCAGUUUGAGCAAUUGGCCUUCACCUGGAUGGAACGACAGAAACUGGGUGGCAGCUACUCAUCGCAUCGGGCGCAGAGUGAAAAGCAUGUGGUUGUCUGCUCGACCACGUUGCACGCGGAUACGAUAAUGGACUUUCUGAACGAGUUCUAUGCGCAUCCAUUGCUGCAAGACUUCUACGUGGUGCUGCUCAGUCCCAUGGAGCUGGACACAACGAUGCGCAUGAUAUUGCAGGUGCCCAUUUGGGCGCAGCGCGUCAUCUACAUACAGGGCUCCUGUUUGAAGGAUGGCGACUUGGCCAGAGCGCGCAUGAACGAGGCGGAGGCGUGCUUCAUACUGGCAGCUCGCAACUAUGCGGAUAAAACGGCUGCCGAUGAGCACACCAUACUACGCUCCUGGGCUGUCAAGGACUUUGCGCCGAAUGUGCCGCAAUAUGUGCAGAUAUUCAGACCGGAGCACAAGCUGCAUGUGAAGUUCGCCGAGCACGUGGUCUGCGAGGAUGAGUUCAAGUACGCCCUGCUGGCCAACAACUGCACCUGCCCUGGCGCCAGCACACUAGUCACUCUGCUGCUGCACACAUCACGAGGACAGGAAGGCCAGCAAUCGCCGGAGGAAUGGCAUCGUCUCUAUGGCAAAUGUUCCGGCAACGAGAUUUAUCACAUUGUGCUGGGCGACAGUCGCUUCUUCGGCGAGUAUGAGGGCAAAAGUUUUACCUAUGCCAGCUUUCAUUCGCAUCGCAAGUACGGCGUCGCUUUGGUGGGCGUGCGUCCGGCCGAACUGCCAGAAUUCUAUGAGGAUACCAUACUGCUAAACCCUGGGCCCAGGCAUAUUAUGAAAAAGGAUGACACGUGCUAUUAUAUGAGCAUUACCAAGGAGGAGAAUUCGGCAUUUGUCGUUAAUCAAAAUCAAACUACGGAUACAACAACGGCAGCGGGCAAAGAUGGUGGUGGUGCUGCCAGCAGUGGUGCUGCCGUCGGCAGCCAUUCACAUGCAGCAACUGCGAAUGCAACAACAACAUCAACAACAAAACAAUCAACAACAACAACAACUACAAGAACAAUACCAACAACAAUUAGCACGACUCUCACAUCAUCAACAUUAUUAUCAGCAUCAGCAUCAACAACAACAACAGCAACAGCAAACGCUUUGAACCAAGCGACGAUUGCACCAGUGCCGUCUGUUUGUGUUCGUGUGCCCCAUAGUCCCACAUAUGACUCUGGCGCCGGCACGCCCCUAAUUGAGAGGCAACACUUGCAACCGUUGUAUCCGUAUCCGCCACCGUCACCAUCACCGCAACCGUAUCCGCAAAUGCAACAACUAACAUGUGACAGUGAUAAUACAACACUAUUUGUGCCCAGCGACACUCCAACGGCUGUGAUAAUAUCGGACUCAAGGCAAAAUCUGAAGGACACGACGGUGAGCACAACGCAAUUGCCAACGGCGGCAACGACGACGACAACAAUAACAACAACAUCGCUGGCAUGUGGCAGCGGAGGCGCAGGCAGCAGCGGGGCGGUCCAAAUUCAGGCCAGCUCCAGCAGCAGCGGAGGUCUGGGCGUCGGUCUCAACAUGGGCACCUCGCUGAGCAUCACACCUGCUACGCUGACCACCACGGGCAAUCACCUGGACGUGCCCUUUGCGAACAAUCCCAAUCUGCUCAGUCCCGAUGUGCUCAAUCAGCGUAGAGGCAGUCGUCGACCCUCCAUAUUGCCCGUGCCGGAUAUGUUUACGUCCUCCUCGUUUAGCAUAGCCGGCAACGACGAUGGCGAGGAGGGCGACGAGAGCGACGAUGAGAUUGACGAUGAGAUGCCUUGGCGUUCGCCCUCAGAGAAAAUUGCUUGCUUGGGCGGUCACUUUCCGCAAUCGCGCACCUAUUCGCUCAUCAUGAGCUCCUCGGAGGACUCGUAUCAGCAGCGUGGCAGCUUAGGUGGCGCCAACUGUGGCUAUUGCAAUGCCAAUGCCGCCAAUGCAACGCCAGCGCCAGCGCCAGCGUCGCUGCGCCGGCGCGCCAUGAAGAAGAGCUACAGCUGCGACAGCGAAUGCGCUGUGCCAUCUAGUCAGCGGUCGGGCUUGGAUAUGGGCCUGAGCCUGGGCCAGGGUCUUGCCGGUGGUCCGCUGGCAUUGUUGGCGGCGCGACGGCGCCAGUUGCAGCGCUGCUCCUGCUGCUACAGUUGCUCGCACGACAGCUGUGGCAGCAGCAGCAGCACCACCAACACCACCACCACAACUGCAGCGGCUGCCGGGCAGCCGCACGCCCAUGCCCAGGGCCAGGCCCAGUGCCCGUCUCAAGCACCGCCACCGCCUGGCUUUACCUUUACGUCGAGCAGCUCCGCAGAGACGCGUCGCUUGGCGCGUCCGGUAUGGGCGGCCGACUAUUCCGGCAUUGUCAAAGGUUUUCCGCCAGUUUCGCCCUUCAUCGGUGUCAGCCCGACUCUUUGCUACCUGCUCAAAGAGAAGAAGCCGCUCUGCUGCCUGCAGCUGGCGCAGGUCUGUGAGCACUGCAGCUAUCGCAAUGCCAAGGAGUAUCAAUGGCAGAACAAGACCAUCAUUCUCGCUGCGGACUAUGCCUCGAAUGGCAUUUACAACUUCAUCAUACCCUUGCGUGCUCAUUUCCGCUCCAAGACCUCACUGAAUCCGAUUAUUCUGCUGCUGGAGCGUCGACCUGAUGUCGCCUUCCUCGAUGCACUCUCCUACUUUCCACUGGUUUAUUGGAUGCUGGGCUCUAUCGACUGUCUGGAUGAUCUGCUGCGCGCUGGCAUUACGCUGGCCGAGAGUGUUGUCGUGGUCAACAAGGAGCUGUCCAACUCCGCCGAGGAGGAUUCACUCUCUGACUGCAACACGAUAGUUGCCGUGCAAAAUAUGUUCAAAUUCUUUCCGAGCAUCAAGAGCAUCACGGAGCUGUCGCAGAGCUCCAACAUGCGCUUCAUGCAGUUCCGGGCACACGACAAAUAUGCACUACAUCUGAGCAAAAUGGAGAAGCGCGAGAAGGAGCGCGGUUCGCAUAUCUCAUACAUGUUCCGCCUGCCCUUUGCCGCCGGUGCGGUCUUCAGUGCCUCCAUGCUGGACACGCUGCUCUAUCAGGCAUUCGUCAAGGACUAUGUGAUCACAUUUGUGCGCCUGCUGCUGGGCAUUGAUCAGGCGCCAGGCAGUGGAUUCUUGACCUCGAUGCGCAUUACCAAGGACGAUAUGUGGAUACGCACCUAUGGUCGCUUGUAUCAGAAGCUCUGCUCGACCACCUGCGAAAUACCGAUUGGCAUCUAUCGCACGCAGGACACCUCAAACGCGGAUACUUCACAUGUGAGUAACUCGCCGGUCGAGCGAUGGGGACCCUUCUCGGCCUUCAGCAGGCAUUGUGUGCGCUUGCGUCCAUCGUAUGAUGAGGAAACUGGCACGCCCGACUCCACCAAGGAUAGCACGGAAAUGCUGCGAGGUGUAACAUAUCGUCCGCCAACAGCGGGCAGUGGUGGUGCUGGUGGCGCAGCUGGUGGUGGUGGUGGUGGUGGUGGCGGCUCGGCCAGUUACCGGCCGCGCCAGAAGUCAGUCAAUUGCCUGGGCGGCUGUUCGGAGCGUAAAGGAUCAUCCUAUUCCAUCAACUUGGCAGAUGAGGCUCGCGACAAUCACGCCCAGCAAAUCGAGCGAGCAGAAAUCGCUAAUUUGGUUCGCAGUCGCAUGGAAUCGCUGAAUUUGCCAACCAUCGACUACGACGAUGUCAGCGAGAAGCGCAAUCAUUUGUCCUAUGUGAUAAUCAAUCCAAGCUGUGAUCUUAAGCUGGAGGAGGGCGAUCUAAUCUAUUUGGUGCGCCCCUCACCGUUCUCGGCGCAAAAGACCUUUGAGCGGCACAAUUCGCGCCGCAAGUCGAACAUUUCGUUCUGCUCGAAUAUCAAUUUGGGCGCCACCUGCGGCCCACAAAUGCCAAAUAUGAGCAACACCGCCGUCGGAGCUGGUUCGCGACGCGGCUCCGGCAUUGCCGGUUUGAACCCAAUGCAAAUGCAGAGCGUUCAGACAUUGGCCGGGUAUGGAUCAUCGCAGCGCUGUACGCCCCCGAUGCAGCAAAUUAAAUCGAAUUCUCUUUCUCUACCCGACAGUCCGACGGUGGUUGGCUCGCAGCGCGGCAGGAGUAACUCAUUGCGGAUCGAUAAUGAUAUUCUGUUGCGUCGCUCGUCGUCGCUGCGGCAGGGCUUGCCCAGCGUUGGCGUCAGCCAUGGUCGUCGCAAGUCCUCGCUGGAGGAGAUCGGCAUCAGUCACUUUACCACUUUGAUGCAGGCCACCAAUCACAGCAAUCCCAUCAAGAUAUCGCUCAAUGGCAGCAUUGGCAUGGAGAAUCAAAUCUCGUUGCAAGUGACGCCGCCCGAGGAGCCAACGCCCAUGUUGGGCGUGCCGUGUGUUUUGGGCGGCGGUGGCGUGGGCGGCAUUAAUCCAUCGGCACUUGGCGGCAGCGCUGGCGGCGGCGGCGGCGGCGGUAGCAGCAGCGGCAUGCUGGGCGCCAGCUCCUCGCUGGCCAUAAAUACCGCAGAUCUGGGUCCUGGACCGAGCACCUCGUCGGGCGCCUCGCUGCAGGCGCAGGACUCGCUGCCGCAGUCGUCACAGGGGCCGUCGCCGCAGCACUUGCAGGGCACGAUUGUAUGAUACAACCUGAUGUGGGGUCGCCGACUCCGCUCGUCCAUGUCCAAAAACAAAUGGAUAUAGAAUUCGGCCAGCACACACAGACGUCGCGAUAAGUUCUAAAGAGGCAACCCCUGCUUCUGCUUGCUAUAAGGUCAAGCUGCUUAACCCAAACGAGUUUAAAAGCCAAAAAUCAAACCCAAAACUAUUUAUAUGUAUAAUCAAAUGGUAUAGAGAUGAGCGCGUGUCGAUAUAGCGUGACACGAAUUAUUUUAGUAUGAGAAGAGCUUAAAACACAAAGCAAACACAAUACCCUUCUUUGGGGCUGCUUCAUUUGCGUGGCGCAGCAAAGUCGUAGGGCGAGGCCACAG